AUGGCGGAAGGUUCACCUGGAGUCUUCUUGAAUCCUCAUCGCUUGGCUAAGCGAAGUCGAGCAUCAGAGAAUGCUAAACCUGAGUAUGAUAUGGAUGCUGAUUCUGAUUCACGUCUGAUGCAGGACCAGACACCUAUUGUUGACUCUGAGCAGGAGGAUUUAAAUUUUGUUCUCACUGGUGGUCCUGGGAUAAUAGCUGGUCAAUAUUUAGUCAUGCAAAAAUGGAGGCCUGGCUUUUGUCCAGCUACUGCACAUAUCACUCGAAUGGCUGUUUGGCUUCGUGUCUCUACUAUUCAACUUGAGUGUUUUGAUGUUUGGUCGUUGAAACGAGUUGGGAAUUUAUUGGGGAAAUUGUUAAAGAUUGAUUCUCUUACCACUGCUCAAAAUAGGGGCAAGUUUGCUCGAUUGUGUGUGGAAUUAGAUCUCACCAAGCCUUUAGAUGCUUUCAUCCAAAUCAACCAGAAUUGGUAUAACAUAGAGUAUGAGGGGCUGCCAGAUAUAUGCUACCUAUGUGGGAGGUAUGGCCACAAACGAGAGAAGUGUGAAUUGAAUGUUAAAGAUGCUAAAACCGUUAAUGGUGAGACUACUAGUGUCAUGGGUGCUAAUGUUGAGGGGAGUAGUUCGAUGGGAAUUAAUAGGGCUCACUAUGAGUCUGACCAGAGCUUGAGAGGGCCAUGGAUGAAUGUUCCCCAUAGGCGUAGGCCUUAA